UGUGAGGCCUCCGGCUCUGUCAGCAGCAGAGAGUGGAUGAAAGAUGGUCACCUUCUUCAGGCAGGACACGCCAUCAGCUUUUCUGCAGACAACAGCACAGUCUCCCUCCAUCCUGUCUUCAGCUCCAGUCACGGCACCUACCAGUGUCGAGUCAGCAACCCGGUCAGCGCCCAAACGGCUGUCCUUCAACUCACCGUCAACUAUGGACCAUACAAUGUGUCCAUCAUCGGACCAACUGCUGCCUCAUCUGGAGACAGAGUGAUACUGCACUGCUUAGCAUCUUCAGUCCCUCCUGCAAACUUCAGCUGGAUGUUCAACGGCAGUGAGACUCACAUCAACUCAUCACUGUAUGUCAUCGAGAGGUUCCAGGCACAGAACAGCGGCGACUACAGCUGCACCGCCAUGAACACGGUGACCAUGAGAGAAAACUCCACAGUCCUGAAUCUGAGAGGUAAAGAGGAAAUGUUCAAGUGA